UAUGCAAACUUUAGUUUUCUUUUUCCAUUGAAUCUUUUUACUAUAACCACACGGGCUGCUCACACUGUACAAGGAAACCACUACUUCCGCAGCAUGAGAAAACAAGAAUGCCAGUGUUUAAUUUUUCUUAAAUAAUGCUGAUCCUUUUCGGACAUUCCCGUUAGAAACAAGAUCACAGGGGAACGUCACCCCUCCAUCGCUCCCUGUCAUUGCAAUAAUAGUGGUACUUCGUUGCACUUCGAUCGUUACGCUGUUCAAACCAAUUCGAGCCUCUUGCCCCGGUUGUUCAGCAAGGGUUGGGUGCUGCUACGCUGGGAGGAUGCAGGAAAAUGGCAGUACCUGCGAACAAGAGGCACUGCCCUAUCAGAAAAGGCUGUGGAAGAAUUUUCAAGAGAAAACCAAGCCUUUUCUCAGCCCCAAAUUCGGAUCUGACCGCCGCAGUGCAGAAGUGAAAAAAGAGCCCGGUGGUAAAUGGAUCUUCAAGAAAAAGAGGCACGUGCUGGACCGCGUCUUUUCCUCUUCUCAGCCGAAUAUCUGCUGUUCUGCCCCGCAGCCUCUUGACUGCAAGCAAGGAGACGCUGAUAAUAAAGAACAGCCGGAGAAGCAGGUAGGAGUCGCACCAGCAAACACAGACCCGAACUGCACAGCGAAACAACAGAAGUGGAGCCCCAAGCCCGCAGUGUCUCAUCUCAUCUUGUCCCAUCAGAAUAGCUCCUCCUUGGGGUCUGACUGCUUUGAGAGGCUGCUGGACCCAGCAGAGAGCGAGGUAGAGGAUUGCCUCAGGAAGAAUGCGAGCGAUUCUGGUAUAAAUACAGUCAAGCCAAGUAAUGCAGAUCAUUCAACAGCAAAUCCAGGAAUGUUCCAGCUGGACAUUGUAUUGAAGACGGGGCAUAAUCUAGCCAUACGGGAUCGAGGAGGCACAAGUGAUCCAUAUGUCAAGUUUAAAAUUUCCGGGAAAGAAGUUUUUAGAAGCAGGACGAUACACAAGAACCUGAACCCAGUCUGGGAUGAAAAAGCCAGCCUUCUCAUUGAAAAUCUCAGAGAGCCCUUGUAUGUAAAGGUCUUUGAUUAUGACUUCGGACUGCAAGAUGACUUCAUGGGAUCAGCCUACCUGCACCUCGACACCUUGGGGCAGAAAAAGACAACCGAGGUGACAUUAAAUUUGAAGGACCCACAGUACCCUGAUCUCAACCUGGGAACGCUGCUGCUAUCAGUCACCCUGUCCCCUAAAGAAGGGGACAUAAGAGAAGAUACCAUGCUUUUGAGAAGGAGUUGGAAAAGAUCAAGUAAGCAGCAAAGCCAGAGCCUGCGACUUGUGGACCUGCACAGAAAAGCUCAGCUGUGGAGAGGCAUUGUAAGCCUCAGUCUGAUCGAAGGCCGGGAUCUCAAGCCCAUGGACAACAACGGGCUGAGCGAUCCUUACGUCAAGUUCAGACUGGGACACCAGAAAUACAAGAGCAAGGUGAUGUCUAAGACACUGAACCCACAAUGGAGGGAGCAGUUUGAUUUCCAUCUCUAUGAAGAGCGAGGGGGUGUGAUUGAUAUCACCGUGUGGGAUAAGGACGCUGCCAAAAGAGACGACUUUAUGGGAAGGUGCCAGAUCGACCUGUCGGCCCUGAGUAAAGAGCACACACACAAACUGGAGCUGUGCUUGGAGGAAGGGGAAGGGCUCUUGGUGCUGCUGGUCACUCUGACAGCCUCGGCCACGAUCAGCAUCUCUGACCUGUCCGUCAACAUCCUUGAAGACUCCAGGGAGCGGCAGGAGAUCGUCAGCAGAUACAGGUUUCUGAGAUCCUUUCACAACAUGAAGGACGUGGGCAUAGUCCAGGUGAAGGUGGUCAGGGCAGAAGGGUUAAUGGCAGCUGACGUCACAGGCAAAAGCGACCCAUUCUGCGUAGUGGAGUUAGGCAAUGACAGGCUUCAGACGCACACUGUCUAUAAGAAUCUUAACCCUGAGUGGAACAAGGUGUUCACUUUCAACGUCAAAGACAUCCACUCUGUCCUUGAAGUGACAGUGUAUGAUGAAGACAGAGAUCGCACUGCUGACUUCCUGGGCAAGGUUGCCAUCCCGUUGUUGUUUAUUCAAAAUGGUGAACAGAGAGCCUACGUCUUGAAAAACAAGCAGCUGACAGGGCCAACAAAGGGGGUCAUCUCUCUUGAAAUAGAUGUGAUUUUUAACGCUGUUAAAGCUGGCAUAAGGACGUUAACACCUAUAGAGCAGAAGUAUAUUGAGGAGGAACCCAGGGUGUCCAAACAGCUGCUGCUGAGGAACUUUAAUCGUGUAAAACGCUGUAUCAUGGUGCUUAUAAAUGCCGGCCUCUACAUUAACAGCUGUCUGGAGUGGGAAUCUCCACAGAGGAGCCUAGCUGCCUUUCUGGGCCAUAUCUUCAUAUCUUUCUCCUGCCCUCCCUCGUCCUGCUCUUGCUUUCUCCUCUGGGUUUAUUAUGAAGUCACUUUAUUUUGCUGUGAUGUAUAUGAUAUGGUCCCUUGGACCCAGAGAAUAGCCAGAGCUGUUAGAGCUGCAGUGCCUUACAAACUUAUUUCAGGCUUUGGUGCCUGUGAAUGGGAGCAGAGUUCACUGCUGGUGGGCCACGGUCUCUCGUUUCAUUCGCUGUCAAUCUGCCGUAGCCUCGAGCUCUAUGUAAAAUAACCAAAUCUAAAGGAAUUAAUCUGCUGACAGUUUAAAAUGUACAAGCAUAAAAGCAGUCACACAGCAUUAUUAACAAGUACGGUCUGACUUGCUGGAGAAUGAAAUGAGGAGGCUAUGUUAGAUAGACUUUUGAAAUUUGAAGAACUUAUUGUUUUGUUCUGGAUUUCUCGGGGUUGGUGGCUAAAGACUGACCUUUGUAAAAUUUAGGUGCUUUUGAGGAGUUUGUGGGUAAAAAUAAAUAAAUAAAAUAAUAAUACUAUUCUGCUGUUAUAAAAAGUCUUUUAUCUUGUCAUUUGGCGAGGGAAAAUGAAUCCAAUAAAGUUAAUCAUUAGAUAUGUGAUUUAGAGUCUUGAAAGUGGUUGUUUCUUACUAGUUUUAGAAAUGGAAUGAGUUGUUUUUUAUAUCACAAACAAACUGUGCUAAUCACAGAAAACUGUACUGCUCACGUAAAAAAAAAUAAAAAAAAAUAAAUACUGAACAAAAUAAUAAGCGCUGCAGAGCGUGUGAGAUAACUCCAGCCCAUUAUUCUAUUGUCUUGUAAUUUGGAUAUUUGUCUGCAUGUAAUUGCAUUGAUUUACUUUAUGUGGUAAAAUUGUCACAUUUAAUAAACUAGUCUGGAUUUACCCUUUCUGAA